AGAAAUUACGUGGCGCCCCCUAUAUUAAUUAUGUAGAAGUUAGGUACACAACAUUCCAGCAAAGUUUCGAAGUUUUUACCGAUUCUAUCGAAAAUACAAAUCGUUGCGACAUGGAAUCCGUUCAGUUUGUGCUAAAAACGAUACGUCAAGAUAUUACGGAAAACCACUUGCAGUUGAAAGCCAAUAUUCAGGAUAUUAACGCAUGUACAGGACCGCUCUCAGAGCUGCACGGCUUGAACAGUGCCGGACGGUCGAAAAUUUCAACUUUGCGAAAAUUAAUAGAUAAAUUCGGAGACAUAGCUAAAGAACAUAGGGAUGGAGAAUUAUUAAAGGAGGUUGUUUUACAAAGGGAACAACUUGCAAGUACUAUGGAUGCUUUUAAAAAGGCGAAUCUCAAAUCUAUGUUGGCUAUAGAAAAAGGUAUGAAGGAGGAACUCUUGAAACCUGAUAAAGAGACAGAAGUCAGACAAAGACAAAAAAGGGAUAAUGAAACGAUGGUUAAAAUGAGCUCAAAUGUUACAGACCAAUUGCUAAACAUAAGUAGACAAUUAGCUGAAACAACUAAACAAAGCGCCCAAACGUUAGACACGCUGGUGACGUCAUCUGAUACGGUUUUCGGAACGCAGGAAGAACUGAAAAUGACGUCAGGCGCGAUCAACCAAUCAGGGAAGCUUUUAGACAAGUACGGAAGGCGCGAAAUAACUGACAAAGUUCUAAUGUUUUUUGCUUUUUCGUUUUUUGUUGCCUGCGUGGUGUAUAUUGUCCAAAAACGCAUCUUUUAAGUCAUAUUUAUAGUCCUCAAAAAUGUAUUAAUCUUAUUUGAUAAAUAAGGUUUUAUUUAAAAAGUUCUAAACUAUUUUUUUUUGGAAUUUACCUUGUUUUACUUGUACACAGACUUUUUUUUAUAGAAAAGAAGUAGUAAAUAUGUUAUACUUAAUUUUUUAUAUAAGGAAACAAAUACACAUAUAUUUAUUUAAAGCAUGUUUAUUACAAAUUGUCAUUGGACUCUAUUUUUUAUGAUAAUGUAUUUUUGUAAAACUGUUUAUAACUUGGCUGUGUAUAUAAUAGAUUAGUUUCUCCUGUUAAGUUCUCUCUUCCCUAUUUAUAAGAAUAUGAGAAAUAAAACAAAUCAAUAAAC